UUAAACCCUUCUCGUACAGACGUCAAUGGCACUACUCCUACUCUCACCGACGACUGUUCUUUCUGUGCUCUACUGAAAAGACUCUCUCAUCUUACCCCCAUCCCUCCUCCCAUUUCUACCAGCCUUUUCUGCUCCACCGCCAAAACCCCUCAAGAAUCCCAGAAGGAAGAGAGAGAAAAGUUGGGAAAAAAAGCCCAUCAAAAAUCUGUGGAAGAAGAAACAAUGGCGUAUGUGGAUCACGCGUUUUCGAUAUCGGACGAGGACAUGAUGAUGGAGACCUCGUACGCGGUGAAAAACAAGCCCCCAACCAAGGAGAUUUCUCUUGCCGUUGCUCUCUUUGUGUUCGGCGCGUUUGGAAUCGUCGCCGGCAUUGCCAUGGCCGUCAAUAAAGUCGGCGGCGACCGCGCCCAUGGGCUAUUUUUCGCUAUACUGGGCGGAGUUCUAUUUAUUCCUGGGUUCUACUACACACGGAUUGCCUACUAUGCUUACCAGGGCUACAAAGGUUUCUCCUUUUCCAACAUACCUCCAGUCUAGACAUGUUUGGCAAACGCAAAAUAAUGUACAUACAUACAUCAUUUGAGCUGAGUGUCGCUCCUUUCUACUUAUGUCUUUUAUACUAAUUUCUCUUCAGUUAUUUCUCAGCUCCUACCUAUGUGCUUGUAAAUAAUAAACAGUACACGGGACAAUGUACACGUCUGAGUAUAGUUCUGUUCCUGUAUAGACAGAUGCAUUAAAUUGAAUCUCAAUGGAUGUUGUGUUGUUUGAUUA